AAGGAGUGGUUGUUACUGUAAACACUGGUACAAGGUGUGACAAGUAACAACACCUGCGUAGCCUCACCUUGAGAAGUUGUGAAGCUGCUAUUUAUAGCUUGCUUAGUCACUGUGUGGAACUGGCCACGGAGGGCGACUUAUACCUACCAUACACCUCUUAGUCACUCCUCUGCCGAGAACAACAAUAUUUAUGUCCUUUAUAAAUUAACAAAAUGACGGUAGCUGUUUAUCUCUAGUUCCAGGACAGUCCUACCUUCUGUAACAGACGUCACCUUCUGCGCUUCUUCUCUUCAGUACAACCGCAAGUGUGCAGGUGUCGGCGGCGAACAUAACACAUCGGCGCUCACCCUGAUAGCAGACGACAGUCUCGGCAACCCAAACCAUAAGCAGGACGAGGACUUGGCGAGCGUUCAGACACACAACUACACGAUGACCGACUACGAAAGCAUCAAACGAAAAUGUCUGCAGGCGGGCACACUGUUUGAGGACCCGGAUUUCCCAGCAAACAGCUCCUCGCUGUACCAUCAAGCUCCCUGGUCUACUCCCCUCAUCGAGUGGAAGCGACCCAAGGAAAUCGUCUCCGAUGCACAGUUUAUUGUAGAUGGUGCGUUGUAUGUUGAUCUGGAGCAGGGAACUCUAGGUAACUGCUGGUUUAUAGCGGCAGCCGCUUCCUUGGCAGCAUCCAACAAAGCUCUGAUAGAAAGAGUGGUGCCCCCUAACCAAGGGUACGGCCAAGACUACGCAGGGAUAUUCCUCUUCAACUUCUGGCAGUACGGCAAGUGGCAGGAGGUGAUUGUAGACGAUCGUCUGCCCACGCGCGAUGGCCAGCUGGUGUACACCUCCAGCACGCGCAAGAAUGAAUUCUGGUGCGCGCUUCUCGAGAAAGCAUUUGCCAAGCUGUACGGUUGCUACGAGGCGCUGGACGGAGGGCGCGUGCACGACGCACUGCUGGACAUGACCGGCGGGGUCACUGAGCUGGUGGACCUGAGGGGCUCGGUCAGCCCCGACAAGAUCGCCGACCUCCUGAUGGCGUGUGAGGGCAUGGAGACCAUCAUGGGCGCCGGCAUCUUCAAGCGAUCAAGUCGGUCAGAGACGAAGCUGUCGUCGGGACUGUACUCGGAGCACGCCUACAGCAUCAUCCGACUGAAGACAGUGACCCACAAAGGUCAAAAGAAACUGCUGCUGUUGCUGCGAAAUCCGUUCGGCCAUGGCGAGUGGAACGGAGCGUGGUCUGACAAGCACAGUACCUGGGACGAUCUCAGCCCCAACGAACGAAACGAUCAAGCUUUCAACAAACGAGACGACGGCGAGUUUUGGAUGAGUGUCCAAGAUUUUGUGCAACACUUUGACGAGCUGGAGUUAUGCCACCUGUCUCCAGAUCUUUUGACAGACAAACAACGUGGAAUGGUGGUAAAGAAAAAGUGGAAGCAGGCGACCUUCUCGGGAAGUUGGCUCAGGGGAGUGAACGCUGGGGGCUCUCCCAUGAGUAGGACAUCACGUAAGUUCUGGACCAACCCCCAGUACCGAGUGACCCUAGAGGGUUCAGUGCCCAGCAGCAUGGUUAUCUCCCUUAUCAAGGUGACUGGCAAGCUGAAACAGCAAACCAACGACAUCGCCAUCGGCUUCGCGAUCUUUAAGAUCAGGCCUGGCAAAGAGCCUCCCUCUGCACUGACCGCGGACAACAACUAUGAACAUUCGGAGCUGGUGGACAAGUCCGGCUCCAUCUGGCUUUUCAGAGAGCGCGCCUUGCACUUCACCCUUGACCCCGGCACGUACAUCAUCAUACCCUACACCCUCGUUCCUGAUAAAGAGGCGGAUUUCUACCUGAGGAUCUUCACCGAGCUAUCUGCCAGCGCAGGACCUGUUGAAGAGCCUCUUGGACCCACCAGGGAGACGGUAGAGGUGGCAGAGGACCUCAUUGAUGUGCUGUUCCACAAGCAUCAGGGGCCUGAUGGCAAAGUCGAUGCCAGGGGUGUACAGAAGAUUCUCGCUGAAGCCAACCAGAAAGAGUUCGGGAAAGCCGAGGGCUACUCUCUAGAAACAUGUCGCUGUGUGAUCGCCUUCAACGACCCAUAUGUGACCGGUCUGCUUGAUAAAGAACAAGUGAGGAAAGUCUGGAAGGACAUCUUGGCAUGGAAGGAUGCUUUCAAGAGUGCAGACGUGAGCAGGGACAACACUGUGGAUGUCACGGAGCUGAAGGGGCUCUUCCAACACAUCGGCUUCAACCUGGACACCACGGCCUUGCACCGCGUGGUGCGGCGCUAUGGCGACCGCGAGGGUCGGAUGCACGAGGACGACUUCAUGCAGGCCAUUUGCCGCAUCCUCCGCGCCUACAGGAUGUUCAAGAAGAUGUCUAACGGUGGGAAGAUGAUGAUGGAUCUACAGGAGUGGAUGGUGACCACGCUGUACCUUUGAUUUCCUGACCAAAGACCUCCUCUAGCUAUCGUGGCCACAAGAAAGUUCCCCAACGUAUCACGUGAUCCAGGGUAGACCUCACGCAGGGACAGUGUGGAACUCGUGUUGAAUUGUCACUCUUGCCAUGAAGUGGAAAAGGCAGCAUACAUCUGUGUAAACACCUUCAUCCCAUGGUGACUUGGCUCAGCUUCGCCAUUAAUUCACUACAAACAUGUGUGGCCAUGAAACUGUAAGUGUGUGUGUAUGUGAUGCAUAUCAUUGUUACACCUGUGUUAGGACUAGCAAGCAAACAAAACACAUGUACGCAGAGAGAGCGAAAGAAGAGAGAGAGAAAGAAAGACAAAAAGAAAGAAUAUGAUUAUAAACACUAGAACAAGGUACCAACGUAAGAUAAACUCCGACUGUCGAUGUUUACUGAUGUUUACAAGAAGUGUAAUUUAUAAACUUCCCCCUCCAUCUUUCUCAUAUUGUUCACUACAUUCACUUGUUUGACAUGUUCAGUUCACGAGUGUUAUAGUUUCUCGUUCUCUUUAACUCUCCAGUUUUAAAGUCGCACUAGUAUCAAAAUUAUAAAUGUAAUCUUAAAAUUUCAAUAAAUAUAAAUAAAGACAA